AUGGAAUUUUCAGGUUACAAGACAGUCCAUCCCAUUGAACUUAUUUGGCGCGAUGCUCUAGAGGUUGUCAAACAACUCUUUAGUGAUCCCAUCUUCAUGAAUCAUAUGACAUAUACUCUGCACAUUGUCAAUGUUGGAAAUAAGCAUGAAUACGGAGAUUACAUGAGUGCUGAUAUGGCAUGGAGAAUCCAGGACCAUCUCCCUGUGGGUGCGACUCAAGUGCCAAUCAUACUGGGAUCUGAUAAAACUCAUGUAACGCGAAUCACCAGAGGACUUGAAAUGCACCCAGUCUUCAUAACUAUUGGCAACAUCAAUUUGGAAUUCCACAUGCACUCAGACUAUCAAAGCAUUCUCCAGGCAUGGCUAUGGCAUAAAUGCAUGGACCUUGUGCUUGCCAACCUCAAGGCCAUGGCAUUGGAUGGGUGUUUCAUGCCUGACUCCUCCCGAUACAUUCAUUAUGUGUUUACACCACUCAUAGCUCAUAUAUGUGACCUGCUGGAGGCUUCUAUGAUCACUACAGUCGCAAAAAAUGCAUCCCCUGUGACUAUGGCAGUGCAAGAGGAUUUUGGCAACAGGACACUCCACCCCCCUUGUACUGGGGAGCAUACGUUGCAACAGCUUAUCAAAAUAUCCCACAAGGUUGAUCCUUGGGAUCUUGAUAAUGUCCAGAAAGCAGCCAAGGCUGUCAACCUGUCUUGUGUUCACAUGCCAUACUGGCACGAUUGGAUCUAUGCAUGUCCGUCCAUCUUCCUCACUGGUGAAAUUCUGCAUACCUGCUUUAAAUUUUUCGCUGACCAUCCGCUCAAAUGGGUCAAAGAGGCUGUAGGAGCUUAUGAGCUUGAUAACCACUUCAUUGUCCAGCACAAACGAGUCAGUACGCACCACUUCACAAAAGGUAUCAUGCAGGUCAAGCAAAUGACAGGCUGUGAGUACAGAGACAUACAAUGCACUAUUGUUGCCUCAAUUGCAGGUGCCACUUCACCCCAAUUCAUUCGCACAAUCUGUGCCAUUGUAGAAUUCAUUUACCUCACACAGAAUCCAGUUCAUUCAUCUGAAAUGCUUCAGUCAAUGGAGCAGGCUCUUUCCAACUUCCACUUUUUCAAGGGCGCUAUUAUCGAGGCUGAAGCAAGGAAGGGGAAGGGGGGUGUCAAAGACAAUUUUUUCAUCCCCAAACUCAAACUACUACAAAGCUUCAAGGCUGAUAUGAUGGAGCACUUGCUCAUCACCCACUGCAAGGAUCUUUUCCAAUGGACAGCCCAGCAGGGCAAAGAUUUUACAGAGCAGUGCAUGUGGAUUCUUAACCACCAAGAAGCAAUGGAGAUAUUUAACCUGUACGCACUGUUGACUUCCCAUGGGGCACCAUUGGUCAAUGCCAUGUGCGCUGAAGAGGAUGAAGUUGCGACUACUAACCCCAUGCUCUCAUGGGUUUCCCAAGUUCUCCCUGAUGAAGUCAAGUCGGUUCAUGGUCCCUGA